CGUGUUCCGUGUCUCAGUUGAAAACACCCAGCUCCGGCUCCAGCUCCGGCUCCGAUUCUCUGCAGGUUCGAGUCUUUUCUCGGUUCCCUUCGCGGCUCCAGACUAAACCGGGCCAAACCGGGCCAAACCGUGCCGCGCCGUGGAGCAUCUCGUGCGUAAAUCCUGCGGGACCGUGGACCCUCCCCGCGCACGAGGCGGUGAUGACAGGCUCCGCAUCUGGAGGUUUUUGGAGCAGUGACGAUGAAGAAAACUGGACGUCAAACAGCCCAAAAUGUCCUGGACCAAACGUCUGAAAACACGAGCUCAAAAAGAGAGACACGCAAACAUAAAAAUCUACUCCGCAAAUGUGGAAGUAUUUAGGACACUGUUUCUAAAAUGCUGAAUGAGAUUUGAUCCGGGAGGAGGUGCAUUCGAGGGACACGGGAUUAAACGGCGUCGUUGUGAACAUGUAACAGAGGAGACGUCCGAACGCACCACAGGCCUGACAGUCAAACUCUGGGGCAGAAGUUUUGUGUUUACAUCACACUCAUGAGCGAGACGGAGGAAACGCCAUGAGGGAGACGGAGGAUCUGAACUGGGACUAACGGCUUCUUUUGGGUUAAACAGGCUGACUCGUUCAUCCCUCCAUCAUGCCUCGUAACCGUGCGUUUUCGGAGCCGGAGUACUCUGCGGAGUAUUCGGCCGACUGCUCCGUGACCUUGCCCUCUGACCCCGGUCAAGCGGUCGGACGCACACACGAGGUCACCGUCCGCAGCUCCGGGUGCUGCCUGUGCCUGCCCCGGUUCAUGCGUCUCACCUUCGCUCCCGAGUCUUUGGAAAACCUCUACCAAACCUACUUCAGACGACAAAGACACGAGACGCUGUUGGUUUUGGUCGUUUUUGCCGCUCUUUUUGACAGUUACGUAAUCGUAAUGUGCGCCGUGGUGUAUACGGGUGACAAGCUAGCAUCUGUGCUAGUAGCGUCGCUCGGGCUAGCCGCGGACAUCGUUUUGUAUUUGUUGUGUCGGUUUGGGCUGCUCCCAGAUCGAGUGUCGCGCCGCGUGGUGCCGUACGCGCUCUGGGUGCUCAUCGCGGCGCAGAUCUUUUGUUAUUUGGGGUUGAACUACGCUCGAUUUCACCAGGCCAGCGACACGGUUGGAUGGCAAGCGUUUUUUAGCUUUUCCUUCUUCUUGACGUUGCCGCUAAGACUGACGCCGAUUGUGCUGAUCACUACGGUGUCCUGCGGCGUCCACACUUUGGUGCUGGGAGUUACAAUCGCACAACAGCAACAAGAGGAAAUACAAGGAGCCUCACUGGGACGGCAGCUGUUGGCGAACGUGCUGAUCUACGUGUGCUCCAUCGCCGUGGGCAUCAUGUCGUAUUACAUGGCGGACCGUAAACACAGGAAGGCGUUUCUGGAGGCGCGACAGUCACUGGAGGUCAAACUCAACCUGGAGGAGCAGAGCCAGCAGCAGGAGCGCCUCCUGCUGUCCAUUCUCCCAAAGCACAUUGCAGACGAGAUGUUACAGGACAUGAAGAAAGAGCAGAGUCAGAAGGAAAUGCAGCAGUUCAACACGAUGUACAUGUACAGGCACGAGAACGUCAGUAUUCUUUUCGCAGACAUCGUGGGCUUCACUCAGUUGUCCUCGUCCUGCAGCGCUCAAGAACUCGUCAAACUCCUCAACGAACUCUUCGCUCGAUUUGACAAACUGGCUGCAAAAUACCACCAGCUCCGGAUCAAGAUCCUGGGCGACUGUUACUACUGCAUCUGCGGUCUGCCGGACUUCAGGGACGACCACGCCGCCUGCUCCAUCAUGAUGGGACUGGCCAUGGUCGAGGCCAUUUCGUAUGUGAGGGAGAAGACGCAGACGGACGUGGACAUGCGUGUGGGCGUCCACAGUGGGACCGUCCUGGGCGGCGUCCUGGGGCAGAAACGAUGGCAGUACGACGUCUGGUCCACGGACGUCACUGUGGCCAACAAGAUGGAGGCCGGCGGGAUCCCGGGGCGUGUUCACAUUUCCCAGAGCACGAUGGAGUGUCUUCACGGAGAGUUCGACGUGGAGCCGGGAAACGGAGGCGACCGCUGUGACUACCUGCGAGAGCGCGGUAUCGAGACCUACCUGGUGGUGGUGCCCAAGGGCCCCGUGGGCAAGAACGGCAUCAAUGGAGUCAAGCUGUCUGUCACCUCGUCCAAUGGGAACUCUCCUCUUCUCAUCAACACCACAGAAUGUAACGGAAACGUGACCACGGGCUGCACCACGCCGGAGGAGCCGGACGAGCUCGACGCCAGGGUGGUGAACCCGUCGUUCCCAAACCCGCGGAGGAGGCUGCGUCUGAGGGACCUGGCGGAGCGAGUGAUCGACGCUCAGGAAAACGAACAAGAGCUGAACAAACUGUUGAACGAAGCUCUGCUGGAACGAGAGACAGUGCAGGCUUUAAAGGGGAAACACACAAACAGUCUGUCUCUGCGUUUCGUGGACCCGGAGCUGGAGACACGUUACUCUGUGGAGAAGGAGAAGCAGAGCGGAGCCGCCUUCUGCUGCUCCUGCGCCGUCCUGCUCUUCACCGCCGCCAUGGAGGCUCUCAUAGACCCCGGGCUGAUCGCAAACUACAUCACGUUUGCCGUGGGAGAGGUUCUGCUGCUCGUCCUGACCAUCUGCUCGCUGGCGGCCAUCUUUCCCAGGGUUUUUCCAAAGAAGCUGGUGUCCUUCUCCACGUGGAUCGAUCACACGCGCUGGGCCAGAAACACCUGGGCCAUGGCGGCCAUCUUUGUCCUCACCACGGCCGACAUCGUGGACAUGUUGAGCUGUUUACCUCGUCCAUCAGACCCCUCCUCCCCCACAGCCCCGCCCUCCCCCCCCCUGUCUCCCUCCUCUGGACCGGGACGAGGGGGCUGUCCCGAGAACCCAAAGUACUACAGCUACAUCGCGGUUCUCGCCCUAAUGGCCACGACGAUGCUGGUCCAGGUCAGUCACAUGGUCAAACUCACGCUCAUGCUCCUCAUCACCACGGCAACCGGCAUCGUCAACAUCUACAGCUGGAGGGACAUCUUCGACCGCUACGACAAAGAGCGCUUCCAGGAGUACAGCCCAAACUUGGUUCCCUCCAAAUUCACCAUGACCGUUAUGAUCUUUAUUAUGAUGGUCAGCUUCUACUACUUCUCCAGACAUGUGGAGAAACUGGCCCGGACUCUGUUUUUGUGGAAGAUCGAGGUUCACGAGCAGAAGGAGAAGGUUUACGAGAUGAGACGCUGGAACGAGGCUCUGGUCACAAACAUGCUGCCGGAGCACGUGGCCCGACACUUCCUCGGCUCCAAGAAGAGGGACGAGGAGCUGUACAGUCAGUCGUACGAUGAGAUUGGCGUUAUGUUCGCGUCCAUCCCAAACUUCUCUGACUUUUACACCGAGGAAAGCAUCAACAACGGAGGCAUCGAGUGUCUGCGCUUCCUCAACGAGAUCAUCUCGGACUUUGACAGUCUUUUGGAUGAGCCUCAGUUUCGGUGUAUCACCAAAAUCAAGACGAUCGGCAGCACGUACAUGGCGGCGUCCGGGGUCACGCCCGACGUCUCCAACGGAUUCUCCUGUGUCAAGAAGGAGGACCUGACCGACCGCGAGCGCUGGCAGCAUUUGGCGGAUCUCGCAGACUUCGCUUUGGCCAUGAAAGUCACGCUCAUGAACAUUAACUACCAGUCCUUCAACAACUUCAUGCUACGAAUAGGUUUAAAUAAAGGCGGAGUGCUCGCUGGAGUGAUCGGAGCUCGUAAACCUCACUACGACAUCUGGGGAAACACGGUGAAUGUGGCCAGUCGUAUGGAGUCGACUGGAGUCAUGGGAAAUAUACAGGUGGUGGAGGACUGCUACAACAUCCUGAAGGAGUACGGGUUCCGGUUCGUCCGUCGAGGGCCCAUUUUUGUUAAAGGCAAAGGCGAACUGCUCACGUACUUCUUAAAGGGGCGGGACAAACAGGGCUCCUUCAUUAACGGCUCCUCUGUUACGUUGCCGCAUCAGGUGGUGGACAGUUAAGGACGAGUGGCUCCGCCCAAAGGCGAUGAUUUUCAUAAUGGACAGAACACUGACUUUCCUGAAAUCAACCACUGUUUAACCUUAACCAUUCUCGAGACAUGGGCUGCCAUUUUGAGGACCAGCAGAAAUGGUAAAACAUGCCAAGAGGUCGUAAUGGAGGAGUUUUAUUUCCUUAAUGAUUCACGAUGCCAAGCUUAAAACUUCAAAUUAUGUGUGUUUUUUAUUUUAUUUGUGGAAAGAUAGAAGAAGUUAAAUGUUGCUCAAUUACGCAAUUUUUAAAGUUAUGGUAUGUAACUUUUUGGCCAAAAAAAGGCUAAAACAUUUUUAAUUUUGUGUUUUUAUUGCACUGAAAAACUGCGUCCUUACUGUGAGCGGGCUCGCCUCUCCACAAACCUGCCUCCUCCUCAUGAUACUUGUUUCCAUGGAAAUGUUGUCCUGUAUUCCACAGUAUGAAGAAUGUUCCAAAGUAUGGUUUUAAUUUUCUAUGGAAUCAUGCAGAUAAUGUGCCACCUCCAGGAAGUUACACACUGUGCCUUUAAUUAUUUAUAUGGUCACAUUUUUAUUUAGGAACAUCAAGGAACCACACACACAUUCACACACCAGUGCACACACACACACUGGGCUGAGGGGGGUUAAGUGUCUUGCCCAAGGACACAACAACAGUCUUUAUCUGUAGGAGCUGGACUCGCACCAUCAGCCUGUGGGUCAGUGAUUCUGACACAGAAUCAAUAAUGUUUAUGUUGAGAGCGGGAUUCAAACCGGCAACCUUCAGAUCAGUGGACAAACACUCCACCAACUGAGCCACAUUUACAGUUAAAGUCUGCCGGGUUUGGGUUGA